AUGGUGUGUGGAGAUCCCCACCCUGCACUUUCUGUCUGGGUGCGCUCUGCCAGCACCCGCUCCUGGCGUCUGUUCCCGCCUGACCUGUUCGUUGCCCUCCCGGCCGGUGCAGCCGUGAAUGGAGCAACUGUGAUCUUCAGUGUUUAUGUGGUGAACAAGGCUGGCGGCCUCAUCUACCAGCUAGACAACUACACGCCACCAGCCAAAGCUGAGAAAACCUUCAGCUUCCCAUUGGACCUGCUACUCAAGCUACAUGAUGAGCGCAUUCUUGUCACCUUUGGCCAGCAGGACAGCAUCUGGACACUAACAGGUAUCAAGUUUGUAGUCCUGCCAAAUCCUCGACAAGGUGGGAUUGAUUCUCUCUUGAGAAGGAUCUAUGAAAUUUACUCAGACUUUGCCCUCAAGAAUCCAUUCUACUCUUUGGAGAUGCCCAUCUGUGAGCUGUUUGACCAGAAUCUGAAGCUAGCCCUGGAAGUGGCUGAGAAGGCUGGGACUUUUGGGCCAGGAUCACAUGCCCUCCAGAAAAGACAAGAGCUUGAAACAGACUCAGCCAAUUUACUAGGAUGGAGACCCAAAUAG